AUGCCCACAGAAGAAGGUCGACUUAUUUACGUAUAUGGCCACCUUCAUUACAACGUCGUCUAUUGGUUGGCUCCCACACUCCUGAGCCAAUCAACGACUUCUUUUAUAGCUGGCCUUUUGCAAGGGUUCUGGUCGACACAUCGUAUGGCGACAUCCAGCACUUUGGCCAUCUCAUCCUCAAACCCUUUCCCCCUCAACAGAGGAUCAAAGAUCUCCUCUUCUCUCCCUUCAUUUUUCAUCUGCCGUGCCCACACGACCAGUUCCCUCGAGGCCUUGGGCCUGAAAAGCUCGACGGGCCUCUUUCCCGUCAACAGCUCGAGCAUAACAACUCCAAAACUGUACAUAUCCCCUCUUAGAGUAGCUACCCACGACUGGUUGUACUCGGGCGGGAUGUACCCGAGCGUGCCCACCAAUUCUGUGGUGACAUGUGUAUGGUACGGUGAAAUCAACCUCGCGAGCCCGAAAUCCGCCACGUGGGCCUCGAAAUUGUGA